AUGGCUGUUUUCGCACUAGUGGAGCGAUUGGCUCCUCUGAUUAAGAAGGAGGUAAAUCUGCUCCUCGAAUCCAAAAAGGAAGUGGAAAGUCUCACUGGGAAGUUGAAGAAGAUCCAGGAGGUGCUGAAGGAUGCAGGGAGAACUGGAGUGACUGAUUCGAAGGUCAAAAUUUGGCUAAAAGAACUGCAAGAUGUAUCCUACGAAAUGGAUAACGCAUUGGAUGAAUGGCAAACCGCGAAUCUUCAACUGCAAAUUGAAGGAUCUGAGGAAGUUUCUGAUCCUCGGGAGAAGGUACUUUCGUUUAUUCAAUCUCUUUGCUUAUGCUUCAAAAAUGUAGUUGGGCGUCGUGAAACUAAUCUAAAGAUAAAGGGGUUGAUCGAGAAACUAGAUUCGAUUGAUCAAAAGAAAGAUGAGUUUGGUUUUCUUCCUAGUGGUGGCCACAAUUUUCAGGAAUUUAAGCCAUUUGAAUCUGCUUCUUUUGUUAAUUCUGCAAAUGUACAUGGUCGCGAUAUUGAUAAGGAACACCUGAUACAAAAAUUGUUGUCUGAGGGGGGCAUUGGAGUCGAGAUUGUUUCGUUAGUAGGGACUGGAAGGGUUGGGAAGACAACUCUUGCUCAAUUAGCCUUUAAUGAUCCUGAAGUUAACCAACAUUUUCAAUUAAAAAUAUGGAUUUGUGUUUCGGAUCCUUUUAACCAGAUUGAGAUUGCAAAAUCAGUUCUUGAGGCCGCUGAAAAGCAACAUCUCGAUUUUGCAAAUUGUAUUAGAACGUGUGGAAAACUCAAUUUCAAAGAAAAGAUUUCUUAUUGUCCUAGAUGA